AUGAAGCUCUUUUCCCAGCUAUUAGUCCUGGGUCUUGCAGCGGAGGCCACUGUUGCAAGCUCCUGGUUCGGAAAAUCUGCCUAUGAUAAAUGGCAUGAAACCGAGCUCGAGAGAUGGCUGUCAGAUCACGAUGUCCCCUACCCUACACGUUCCGACCGAAAACAUCUUGAGGGUCUUGUCAAAGACAACUGGCAAACUAAGGUUGCACAGCCCUACCAUGACUGGGACACCGAGCAGCUCAGUUCAUACUUGAAAGACAGGGGUAUAGAGGCAAAAGACUAUGCAGCCGCCAACAAGAACGGCCUAAUUGCGCAAGUCAAGAGUUAUUGGUUCGAUACGGAAGAUAAAGCUGAAGAUGCUUGGUCAAGUGUUAAGGACUGGAUUUUUGAUAGUUGGUCCGAUUCACAACUUAAGGCUCUCGCUGACAAGCACGGUAUUCCUGUUCCUCAACCGCGCAAGCGUGACACUAUUAUCCAAACUCUCCGGUCCAACUACGAGACCAUUUCCAAGAAGGCCGGAGAGGGUGCCCACUAUCCUGGAAAUUGGUUGUAUGAGACUUGGUCCGAGUCUGACUUAAAGGAAUGGCUUGACACUCAUGGUAUCCCUGCUCCACAGCCAACUACCCGCGACAAGCUUAUUGCUAGCGUCCGUCGUAAUUCGCGCAUUGCUAGUUUGAAGUUGGCUGAGGCUCAAUCCGAUGCGUCGAAGUCUGCGGCCGAUGCCACAGAAGCUCUCAGUGACAAGCUUCUGGAAUCUUGGUCUGAUUCACAAAUUAAAGAAUGGGCGGAUAAAAAUGGAAUCAACGUACCACAGGGAAGCAGGAGAAAUGAACUGCUGGCCAUUGCUAGAAAGUAUCGAGCCCAGCUCACUGGUGAUAAAGCUUCAUAUAAGGCCAAAUCUCUCUAUGGCGCUGCCACUUCCAGUGCUGGUAACGAGUACGCUCGAGCUACCGAGGACGCUUCCCUGAAGGCCGAAGAAGCCUUUAACUCAGCCAUUGCUAAGUGGAGUGAGUCCCGCCUGAAGGCUUAUCUUGAUGCUCGAGGUGUUCCAGUCCCACAAUCAGGAAAGAAGGAUGAGCUUUUGGCCGCUGUGCGUUUGAAUAGGCAUAAGGCUGCUACUGGCUGGUCUGCCUGGACUUUCGACACCUGGACCGCUGAUAACCUUAAGAAAUACCUCGCACAAUCUGGCGAUAAGGCUGCAGAGCGGGUGAGCAAGAAAGCAGGAGCUACUCGCGAACAAUUAAUUGCAGCUGCCCAGGCUGCCUAUAACUCUGCUUCCAAAUCUGGAGGCAGCGCGUAUGCCACGGUUACUUCUUAUCUAGCCAAGCAAACCGAUGCCGCCAAAGAUUCAGUCUUUGAUACGUGGUCCGAGUCCGAACUGAAAAAUUAUCUGGACUCCUACGGCUUCAAAGUGCCACAAGGAUCGACAAAGAACGAACUAAUUGCAUGGGCUCGUAACCAGAGAAACUUAUUCCAAUACGGCACCACGACUCCUCGGGGUACCUUGUGGGCGAAACUCAAACAAAGUGGCGAAUGGGUUCUCGACCAACUUAACAUCGGUGCAGCUGCUGGCCGCAAGGAGGCCGAGAAGGUUGCAGAUGCUGCCAAAGAGCAGGCCACAUAUUCGAAGCACCGUGCAGAGGAAGCCCGUCAGAGAGCAUUUGACAAGAUCAAGGAGGAAUUGUAG